GGUUCUGUCACUGGAACGGAUUUGUUUUGUUGAUAAACACGUGAUUUUGACAUUUAUUUUAUAGGUUAGGUUUUAAUUUAAAUUAGAUUUAUAUUGAAAUAAAGAUUGCAAAAUGGAUAUAGAAAACGACUUACCUAUAUGUGUACAAGCAAAGUUUAAAUCGGACACGGGUGAAGAAACCGGUAGUCCAUUGGAUUUACCUUUAAACAUUACCAAGGAACAACUAACGCUUAUUUGCAAUGCAUUGCUAAAAGAAGAAGACAAACCCUUUUUGUUUUUCGUCAAAGAUGUUGAAAUAACAUCAACUCUAAAAGAGGCAUUGGAUGUUGACAAAUUGAACUCUGAAGAAGUUGUGGAAAUCAUUUACCAGCAGCAAGCAGUCUUCAAAGUCAGGGCUGUUACUCGAUGUACAAGUUCUAUUCCUGGUCAUGCUGAAGCUGUUAUAUCCACAAAUUUUAGUCCAUCAGGAAAACAUUUAGCCAGCGGGUCAGGGGAUACAACUGUCAGAUUUUGGGAUUUGCAAACACAAACCCCACUGCAUGUAUGUAAAGGUCAUACAAACUGGGUGCUGUGCAUAUCCUGGUCUCCAGAUGGCUUAAAGUUAGCAUCCGCGUGCAAACAAGGCAGAAUUAUACUAUGGGAUCCAAUAUCUGGUAACCAGAUUGGCAAAACUAUGAUGGGACAUAAACAAUGGGUCACUGCACUUGCUUGGGAACCUUACAUCAGAAAUCCAGAAUGCCGCAAACUAGCCAGUUCAUCCAAAGACGGUGAUGUAAGAAUAUGGGAUACUACAAUGGGACAAACCAUACUAAGCCUGACGGGACAUUCUAAAGCUGUGACUUGUGUCAAGUGGGGUGGUACUGGCCUCAUUUAUACUUCAUCACAGGACAGAACCAUAAAGGUAUGGAGAUCAGAAGAUGGAAUAUUAUGUAGAACUCUGGAAGGUCAUGCACAUUGGGUGAACACACUAGCUUUAAGCACAGAUUAUAUUCUGCGGACUGGACCUUUUCAUCCCAUAUUAGACAGACUUGAUUAUACUAAUGACAAGAAAGUUUUACAGCAACGCGCUCUUGAAAGAUACGAGCAAACAUGUCCACAGGGUGAAGAGCGUCUAGUCAGUGGGUCAGAUGAUUUCACAUUAUUUCUUUGGCUACCCGAGAAAGAGAAGAGACCUCUCGCGCGUAUGACAGGACAUCAACAAUUAGUUAAUGAUGUCAAAUUCUCACCUGAUACGAGGAUUAUAGCGUCUGCGUCUUUCGACAAAUCAGUGAAGCUGUGGGAGUCAACAACAGGGAAGUUCAUAACAACAUUAAGAGGACACGUGCAAGCUGUAUACAUGUUGGCUUGGUCGUCUGAUUCCAGACUAUUACUCAGCUCUAGUGCUGAUUCAACACUGAAAGUUUGGAAUAUGAAAACAAAGAAGCUGGAAUUGGAUUUGCCAGGACAUGCAGAUGAAGUGUAUGCUGUUGAUUGGUCACCUGAUGGCAUGUAUGUUGCUUCAGGUGGAAAAGACAAGGUUUUAAAAUUAUGGCAACAUUAGAAGAAGAAAAAUGAAAGUUUUAAAUGUAAACUACAACUUUAUUGAGAAAAUAAAACAAAUACAUUGUAUUUAAAUAAACAUAAUGAAUGAUUAAGACAA